AUUUCCCCGUUUCUGAUCUGAACCGAAAAACAACGCCUCCCCGUUUCUUGCAUGGAGAAAGUCCGAUUUCCAAGACCGAUGCACAACACGUUCUCGUCGUUAUGAGUCAGGAGUAUUUCCCCGGCGAUCGCGCCUCUUCCGCCGGAGAGGGUUCGUCUUCGUCCAGGCAUAGAUUUGCUGGAGAGGAAGAAAUCGCGGAGAACCCUUUCUUUCCGAGACCCCCACCUAGUUAUAUGACCGUUGGCAAUGGAUCGACUUCCGAAAGCGCGACGGCCUUGAUGGAUUCUUUGAACAAUAAUGACUCGGGAUAUGGAGGAAGCAUUGCGAGUGGUAGUGCGAUGGAUGGUGAUCUUGGGUGGCGCGCGGGUUUGAUGGAGGACAGACCGACUCCGAUUCAUACGCCUACACAUCCGGGACAGUGGAAUCCAGCUGCUGAACACGAAAGACAGGUUGUCGCAAGCCAUGUUCAUCAGUUGCUCUAUAACUCGAAUCGCACCAAACUUGGUCGUGCGAUCACACGAACUAUCGAUACACUGAGAGAACUCCAGGACAUGAACCGUCAAUGGCCCGCCCAUUAUCCGUCCGUACAGAACGCCCCCGGUACCCCCCCACCAAACCCACCGUUGCGUCAAAGCCAGUCGUACUUUGGAGAUGCCAAUGAUGGAUCCGAGCCUUUUCCACGACCCGGACAGAUGAGACGUGCGGCUACAAUGCCCGACGAUUUGGCAGAAUCAAGUGCCGCUGCUGAACGUCGACCCCCGCCCGAGCCGAGAUUGAUGAGCCCGCAAAUCGCCCAGGAAUUUUCGAUAUUGAAGUUGGACCUGAAACUGGGUGCGUUGUCCCAGGCUGAAUUGGUGCAUUCUUUGGAAAAGUCCUCGAUUGCGUCACUCUUGGAGGGCAAAAUUAGUCAGAGUGUGAAGCAUCUUCUUUCGCUGCGUGACAGAAUCGAGGAUACGUCAAGCAAGGUCCUGAUCACUGGUGAUUUGAACGCGGGCAAGUCUACAUUCUGCAAUGCCCUGCUGCGCCGGAAGGUCUUGCCCGAGGAUCAACAGCCCUGCACCAGUAUAUUCUGUGAGGUUCUCGACGCGCGGGAGAAUGCUGGUCUCGAGGAGGUGCACGCAGUCCACAAGGAUCAGGUGUAUAACCGCAACGAUGAAAGUUCAUACGAUGUGUAUCCCUUGAGUGAGCUCGAAGAGAUUGUGAUCGACAACUCCAAGUACAUGCAGUGCAAAGUCUACGUGAAGGAUGUACGAACCAUUGAUGAAUCGCUACUCAAUAAUGGUGUCGUGGAUAUUGCCUUGAUUGAUGCCCCUGGUUUGAACUCGGAUUCGUUGAAAACCACGGCCGUCUUUGCCCGACAGGAGGAGAUUGACGUGGUUGUUUUCGUGGUCUCUGCUGCUAACCACUUCACUCUUUCUGCAAAAGAGUUCAUUCUGAACGCCGCUCACGAAAAAGCUUAUAUGUUUAUGGUUGUCAAUGGAUUCGAUCAAAUCCGUGACAAGCAGCGUUGCGAACGAAUGAUCUUGGACCAGAUCAACAAACUGAGUCCCCGAACAUACAAAGAAGCUGCGGAACUGGUUCACUUUGUGUCAAGCAAUGCCAUUCCAGUGGCACCCCCCGUGCCCGUCGUACAAUCUGGCUCUGGGGGUGGCGGCGGUGGGGGCUCUGAUCCUCAUGGUGAUGGUCCUGACGGUGAUGGUCCUGACGGUGAUGAUGAUGACAAUGGAAAUGGCAAGGGCAAAGGAAAAGGAAAAGGAAAGGAGAAGGAAAAGAUUCAAGAUUUCGAGAACUUGGAGAGUUCUUUGCGGCGGUUCGUUCUCGAGAAGCGUGCUCGCUCGAAGCUUGCACCUGCUAGGACAUAUCUCCUCAACCUGCUUGCGGACUUGAACUCGUUGGCUUCUGUCAACCGCGAUGUCGCCCAGGCUGAACUCAAGCGCGUUACCGACGAAUUGGCAGAGAUUGAACCUGCCUAUGAGAACGGCAAGAGAAAGAGAGUAGAACUCGCGGACGAGGUUGAGAAAUGCAUUGAUGAUUCAUGCGAUGAUGUUUACAACAACACACGAUCUACUCUGUCGGACACGAUAACUCGUGUCUCCGAUGCCGAUUUGGGUGUCGCGUACCCUGGAAUCUUUUCCGCAUUCCAGUACGCAGAAGACUUGAAGCUGGCAAUGUUGGAUCAAAUCUCCGCAUCGGUCACAAGCUGCGAAGACUAUGCUCGCGGCAAGACUGUCCAAGGUGUUGGAUUCAUCCAGAAUAUCGGUCUUUUGCAUGUAGGAGAAGACAAGUUCGCUCCUUUGAACUUCAAGGCCGACAUGAUGUUCCGCCGCAGUCGCCGUCACACUUUUGCUAGACAGGUCGACACGGAAGUGGAAAUUUGGGAUUUCUUCGACAUCGCAGGCCUAUGGGAACGACAGGAGAAGAUGGCCGGAACAGGAAUGGCCAUGACCGCCGUUACUAUUCUCGGAGGUAGAGUCUUUGGUGGUAGCAGCUGGGUCGACAGCAUGUUCACUGCUGCUAAAUUCCUGGGGCCAAACAAUUUGCGACGUCUAUUCCUUCCUGGUGUUUUCGUUGCCGCUGCCCUGACUACUGCAUACGUGCUUUCUUCGAUCCCCACAACUCUUCCUCCUCGCAUCUCCCGCAAGCUUGCUGCCACUUUGGAUGAAAUGGACUAUGUUCACUCCAAUGCUAAUCGAAUCUCGGCCGAGGUUCGCCGCAUUCUGCGCAUCCCCGCCGGCAACCUGCAGACUAGCCUUGCCCAGGAUGUCGAAGACCUCGCUAAACGCAAGCACGAGGUCAGCAAGACCAAGAGCGAGAGCGAUACUGCGACCAAGUACUUCUCCAACCUCUUCCGGGAGAGCGGCGAAAACAGAAGAACCGUGGAAGGCAUAGAUCUCGAUGCCCCAUUGCCAGCUGGCAUGGCAGCGCCCGAAUCCUGGGCUUGAAAGUUUCCUGUAUAAACAUCAUGAUUCUGUACGAAUUAUUUUCUUCCUCAUUUUCAUUUUGAACCUCUUCUCUGUUUUAUGGUGGAUUCAUAAUGUGUCUGUUGUUUUUGCAAAAUAUCCCGAACCCUGUAUCACCAUUUUCUACGUUCGCUCUGCCCCUGCCUGUUGGCUUUUCUUCAUAACAGAUUUAUAAUCCGCAUUGAUGUCCCUUGCAUGACUCUGAAAAAGAUGGGACAUCCGUGUACCCAAUUUCCAUAGAUUAUUACCCCAUACCUAUCAAGCGGCGUACGUUGGAGUCACUGAAGAUACUUUGAAAUAACAUGAUUUUCAUUCUG